UCCCGCUGCUGCAGCGCCGCUGUCCCGUUAUCUCAACUCUCUGAACGAGCUGGAAACAUCGUCCCGGGAUGAGACGAAAGAGAAAAGAAGACGACGUUCAUCAGGAAAGUUUGAUGAAAGUCACCUGCGGGAUUUGGAAAAUGUUUUUAAUGUCGAAGUGGUGGAUUUUUAUCGUUUGCCUGACAGAUGUCCUCCCUCCCCGUUGCUCAGCGGUUAAUGUGUUUGUGAGAGAUGAGAGGAGGUAUGCUGUGCUAUUCCAGUCAGUAAUCCUGCCAUGUCAGUACAACAGCGUGUCCACCCAGAUCCCCGUGGUGCAAUGGGUCUACAAGUCGUACUGCCGCGACCGAACACGGGACUCGUUCAGCUUCCCCGACAGCCUGAGUGGAGGCUUGGGAGGAGGGGGGCUGACGGGUGGAACCGGAGGAGCCAGUGGAGGGUACGACACAGGGAUGACAGCGAGCUACCUCGACUGUGCUGACAGCAGCCGGACGGUCCGAACUGUGGCCUCCAUCUCUGGUUCCUCAAUCACGCUGUCAGAGUACUACAAGAACAGAGACAUCUCCAUCAUCAACAAGGCAGACCUGCGCAUAGGAGAAGUCCAGUGGGGAGAUAGUGGAGUUUACAUCUGUAAAGUGGUUAUAGCUGAUGAUUUAGAGGGACAGAACGAAGCCUCCGUGGAGCUGCUGGUUCUUGAGUGGGUGUUUGUGGCGGCGGUCGUACUUGGCAGUGUCUUAUUCCUGCUGUUGGUUGGGGUUUGUUGGUGUCAGUGUUGUCCUCACUCCUGCUGCUGCUACGUCAGCUGCUGGUGCUGCCCCGACACGUGCUGCUGCCCUAGACACCUAUAUGAGGCAGGUAAGGGUAUAAAGACGGGCAACUCCAGGCCUCAAUCACCUGCCUACCCUCCGUAUUUUGUCACUGGUGUCCCGACGAUGGUCCCCAUCGCCCCUCCCUCCCUGGUGGACAAGAUGUCUUCUGUGUCCCCUUCGGAUGGCAGUCUACUCACAGCAGUGCCGAUGCAUGCUGUAGGGGUUCCCUACCGCGUGCCCUCACCUCAGGAUCAGGACUCUCUCAGGGUGCUACAGUAUGUAGAGAAACAACUGGCUCACUUCAACCCUGCCAGGUCCACCAGCCACCAGUCCUGCAGCCUGUCUGAGCUCAGCUCCCUCCACGAGGGAGAUACGGGCUUCCGGCAAACAUACCGAAAUGUCCAGAAGAAAGCUCUGCCCGCCAUCCCUGACCACGACCCUCAGCCUGAACCCCAACGCUACCGUGACAACCGCAGCCCAGAGCCGCAGCGUUACCGUGACAAUCCCCCUUCACCCCAACAAUAUUGCGAUGACCCCGACUCAGAACCUCGGCGCUGCCAGGACGAGCCCCUUCCUCCUCGGCGGUACAGCGACGACCCUCCGUCCUCCUCACAGUCACGCAGACCCGGCCGAAAUCAACGGCAACAGAAUCACAGCGAGGAGGAUAACCAAUACAGGUGGAACCCUCGUUCAGAACAUCUGCAGAGAAAGACGUACCGUACUGCAGGACGAACCGGCUCACUGGAUGAGCUGGAAGAGUUUGCUGCUUCUUACAAGCAGAGAGGGACCAGAAAGGCAGAUAAAAGGGAAGAAGAGAGGGGAGACUAUGAGAUGGAGCUUAUGGAGUUCAGUCGAUAUCCUUCCUACCGUGUUGCUCCGCCUCAGCAUUAUCACAAUGAUGAGAAUGAGCUUGGGGACAGCAGCGACCACGAAGAUAAUCCCAGACGAAAUAAGAAAAACGGACAUAUCAUAAGCCCACUUCAUUCGCCCCAAAAGAGGAGGGGCACUUGGGACAGCGACCACCCUGUCCCGCCCCCUCCCAGAGUCAGUCCACCAUCAACUUCUUCUCAAGAGAAGGACUACGAUGGCACGUUCCUAAACAGCUUGCUCGAGCGUAAGGCCAAGUUACGAGGGGUCAGCCAGGGGAAGAGUGGGGCCCGGGGUGAGGAAGAUUCAGACACACCCUCAAAGGGCAGCUCGAAAAAGAGCAGUGGGGAAUCUAGUAGGCACUGCAGCCGCUCGCCUAGUAACAGGCCUGAGGCUGAUUCACUGCCUCCUUACUCAGACACAGAGCGAAACAGAACUGAAAGGCCAUCUCCACGGCCACUCCCAGCAAACGCUCGCUCCUCUCAACCUCCCGCCCAUUCCCUGCCCGGUCGCAGAGAGGACCCCAGAGAAAAGAACCGGAAAGUGAGCACUCUCCUAAGCCGGGAUUCCCUCAUCGUCUGAUCAUCUGAGAGCCACACAGCCCGAGCGCUUUGAGCGGAGUGUACGGGAAGUGCAUGUCAGCCUAUGACUUUGGAUAUAUGCAAAUUACAACUGACUAUGAAGGAAAGCUGAAUGAAGAAAUGGACAACAGACAACAUUUUUACUAUCGAGACUGUUACUGGGGUUUCUGUCUGUGACUUCACGAAACGAUGAAGUCAUCACGGUUCAGUUUCUGUCACCGGCUGCCUCAUAUAUUGUAUAUGUCAGCUGGACUAACACUGAACUAAUGUGGGCUGGCUGUAUGACCUAGACUGUCCCUGCCAGCAGGACACUGUUCGUCUCCCCCCGUCCCCUUAGAAAACGCUCUGAAGCGGAGAGACCGGCUUUACGCUUCCAGCACAAUGAGCGCAUUCAUUUCCAUUUGAUGAGAUAUCUGCAUUAAAAGACACACACAAAAAAAAGAAGUAUAUGACAAGAGCAUUAUUGUAAAGUACAUAUUGUAGCUUAAGUUGUUUGACAAUACAAGCACUGUGUCAUUCAGUAACAUUAUUCAUGGACUAAAGCAGCUAAUUCAGAUGGCUUUUGCAGGGAGAUUUUUUACUUUUUGGCUUUAUUCAACAGCUGAAGAUAGACAAGAAAGGACCAGAGGGGAUGACACACAGCGAAGGGCCCAGAGGUCAGAUUUGAACCAAUGGCCGUUUCAGCAAGGGUUUAUGAGGUGCCAUCUCUGCCAGGUAAGCUACCAGAGCACCCAUGCAAGGAGAUUUAAAUGUUAACUACAGCUGGAAGGAGUAACCACCAUUACCAAAUGUCGACAUGCUGGUGUGUAUCUACAGUGGGGAUGGACAACAAAAGGACAGUAACUCUUAAAGCUGCAUUAAGCAAUAUUUUUAUACUGACUGACUGUGUGUAAUGUUAAGUUUUUACUUAUAGUCAAAAUUUAUCACCUAGCUCUGCAGUUCCCCUCAACUAUACAGAGAGUUGUAGCGUCUUCCAACUCAGUUUUGUUUUUUUUUUUACCUAUAACUUUUCUGUUUUGGUUCACUUUCAUUGCUCUCAUCAACCCUGUUUCCAGCAGCAGCAGGCAUAUGUUUUAGUUAAACACUUGACUGCACACUACCUGCUCUGCACCAAACAGCAGACAAACACAGUAAGCAACUAGCUGGUGAACAUAGUGGAGAGCUUAGCAGCUAAAGAGCCAGAUAUUUCCCUCAAGAGUUGUUGGAGAGACCAAAAACAGAACCAGACUACAAGUGAAUAUUGGACUGUUAUAGUGUUACUUUGUGUGUCUAAGUAAGAAACUGUUCAAAUGUUCCCCAUUACAUCUUAUAAAGUGCUAAUAUGCCAGUGUGUUUACAGCUAAGACUGCUGCCAUGUGGCCAACAAAUAAUGUAACUUACAUGCAAGUGAGCUGGGUAAUAUAAGGUCAAAUUCCAUGUAGCAACAUUUAUCAGCUAGAAAAGAAGUCAAUUUGAUUUUUAUUAGUUUUUAAAGCAACAUAAAACGGAAACAGAGCUCUGAAGAAGUGGGGCUGUAUGACGCUCAUUUUCAGUUCAUGAAAACAUACAUUAUAGUCCACAUAUAGAAAGCUACAUUGACAGAGUAUUAAAUGAAUGAGGGUAUGGACCAACACUGCAGACCUGCCCAUGAACUAAUAUGACCCACAUUUGCUGCAGCAUUUCAAGUGUUUAUUCAGUUACUUCUAAGUCACACUCAUUAUUCAUGAAGCAAUAACUUUGUCUCCAGAAUGUGUGUCAGUGAGCUUUUCAUCUUUUAUUAAUAGAUGUGAGUUUGCACAAAGUAACAAUUUUCUUUAAUGGACUAAAACCUGAAGAACGUUUUUUUGUAAACAUUUAAAGUAAUAAACAGCCACAUACCUUGAACAUUUUUGUAUUACAGUAUGAAGACAUUUUUAUAUGUAAACUCGACCCAUUUUGUGUGUGGUGUGAUAUGAUUGUUGUAUUUGUAUUUUUGUAAAUGAUUAUUAUGUUUGUCUAAGCUUUCCAAUGUGACUGUGUAGAUAAGAUGAAGUGUCUUGAUGAUUUGACUGAUUUGAUAACCGUAAUUCAGCCUUUUCUUAUCAGUGCUGAGUCAACAGCUAAACCAACAGCUUCACUUGUUAUCAUUCACAAAACACACAUUAUCCUACUGAUUUUCAGUCCUAUUACUGACUUGGUUCUAACAUUACGCCAUUCAGUGUUUCAUUAUCCCUGCUUCCAUGUUGGGUCGGCUCAUCAUGAGAAAAGUCUCAUGUUAGUGUAUAGUUGUUGUUUUUAAUUAUAUUUUCUGCUGUCUGGUACUGACUGUUUGUGUGUGUAUCAGAGAGAGAGAGAGAUGACUCUUUACAUUUCUGUAAAGAAGACAAUGUGUAAUUGAGUAUGACUCAUGUCUUUGUUCAUUGUUGUAAUCACAGACUGACUGCCUGUCUUUACUACACAGCUGUGUCAAAACUCACAUAUCAGUUCUGCCAGCUCAACCACAGAUAUCUGUGAAGCAGUUGUUUUGUCAUCCACAUAAAUCAUUUGUUACAACCUAUAAGUCUACAAAGUAUCUGCUUAUUGAACGGUUGAUAUCCAAGAAUUCAACGACUGUUCUUAAGUCCAAUUCUGAUACGGUUGUUUACUUGAGUAAUCAGCUUUUCAUGGUACUGUAUUGCUGCUUCAUUAUGAAAAGAUUUUUAUUUUUGUUUUAUCCCACUAUAUUUACUUGAGAGUUAUAGUUAUUGUAGAUAAUUCCAUACAGUACAUCAUAGAUUAUUUUAAAUAUACUACAACAGUAUAAAAGUAAGAUAUGAAAUCAGCUGCACCUUGACCAACAACCAUAUACUGCUGCUUGCACAU